AUGCGCUCAGACUGGUGGCUGCACCUGGGGCCACUGCCGCGCGUAGCGAUCGUGUGCGGCGCCGGACUGCAGACCGUGGCGGAGAAGCUUGAGGGCAGCGUGACCGAGAUUCCGUACGCUGAGAUCCCGGGCUUCGUGACAAGCACCGUGGUCAAAUCGACCGGCCGGCUGCUGUUUGGCGAGAUCAGCGGCAUGCCGGUAGUGUGCAUGGUGGGCCGCUGCCACUACUACGAGGGCUACUCGAUGAAGCAGAUUACAUUUCCGGUGCGCGUAAUCUCCCUGCUUGGUGUGCAGACUCUGGUGGUGACCACGGCAGUGAGCGGCCUGGCUGCCGACAUGGAUAUCGGCGAUAUUGUAGUGGUGCGCGACCAUGUGUCGAUUCCGACCCUGGCCGGAUUGAACCCGCUGAUUGGGCCCAACUUUGCCCAGCUGGGGCCGCGCCUGCCGAACAUGUAUAAUGCCUAUACCUUUGCCCUCAGGAAGCUGGCGUUCAUGGCCUUUUUGGGCGACGCCCAGCUGCAGCAGCGCGGCGUGCGUCUGCGCGAGGCCACAUUCUGCUACACUACCGGGCCCUCGUUCGAGACCCGCGCUGAGUGCGCUGCCCUGCGCGCCCUGGGCUGCGAGGUCGUUGGCACUACCACUGUGCCCGAGAUUGUGGUCGCACGCCACUCGGGCCUGGACGUGCUGUGUCUGGGCCUGAUCACCAAUGUCGCCACCCAGAGCGCCGAACCCAGCGCCGAGCUCGCUGCCCGCGCGGCGAUCGAGGGCAAGCAGCUGCCGCCGGCCGAGCGCAGCAGUGACGACAUCCUCUCCCGCACAGGGUCCGUCAAGAAGGGCGGCCAGCGGCUCAACGACCUGAAUCUUUUGUUGAGGCGUGUCAUCGAGCGCCUGUAG